UGGCCCCGCCCGGCCCCAGGAGCAGGCGGGAGGUGCCUCGCGCGGCCUGGCGGCGGGGGAAAUCCGGCGCCGGGCCAGCUCUUUCUCCUUCCCGGUCCUGGGCGUCGGGUGGAGCGGCACCUCUGCGCCCCGCUCUCCGCCUGCCCCGCCGCGCCGCGGGAGAGGCCGCCGUCGGGGUGAGCGCCGGAGCCUCCCGGCCCGGGCGGGUCCCUGCUUCCGCGAAGUGAUGCCACCAAGAAGAAAUGAGAAAUACAGACUUCCUGUUCCACUUCCAGAAGGCAAGGUUCUGGAUGAUACGGAAGGAAAACAAUGGAUGCUGGGCAAAAUGAUUGGCUCUGGAGGAUUUGGACUGAUAUAUUUAGCUUUCCCCGCAAACAAACCGGAUAAAGAUGCAAAACAUGUAGUAAAAGUGGAAUAUCAAGAAAAUGGCCCAUUAUUUUCAGAACUUAAAUUUUAUCAAAGAGCUGCAAAAAAAGACUAUAUCAAAAACUGGAUAGAACUCAAACAACUUGAUUAUUUAGGAAUUCCUCUGUUUUAUGGAUCCGGUAUUACUGAAUUCAAGGGAAGAAGUUACAGAUUUAUGGUAAUGGAAAGACUAGGAAUAGAUUUACAGAAGAUCUCAGACCAGAAUGGUACUUUUAAAAAGUCAACUGUCCUGCAGCUAGGUAUCCGAAUGUUGGAUGUUCUGGAAUAUAUACAUGAAAAUGAGUAUGUUCAUGGUGAUAUAAAAGCAGCGAAUCUACUGUUAGGUUACAGAAAUCCUGAUCGGGUUUAUCUUGCAGAUUAUGGACUUUGCUACAGAUAUUGUCCCAAUGGGAACCACAAACAGUAUCAGGAAAACCCUAGAAAAGGCCACAAUGGGACAAUAGAGUUUACCAGCGUGGAUGCCCACAAGGGAGUAGUGCUUCUUCCUCCUCCAGCCCUGUCCAGACGGAGCGACCUGGAGACCCUCGGCUACUGCCUGCUGCGCUGCCUGUGUGGGGGCCUGCCCUGGGAGCGGAGCCUGCGGGACCCCGCGGCCGUCCAGGCUGCUAAAACAAGUCUGUUGGAUGAGCUUCCUGAGUCAGUGCUUAAAUGGGCUCCUUCCAGAAGCAGCUGCUGUGAAAUAGCCCAAUAUUUGGUAUGUGCUCAUAAUUUAGCAUAUGAUGAAAAACCAAACUAUCAAAUGCUCAAGAAAAUCCUGAACCCCGGUGAAAUACCUUUAGGACCACUGGAAUUUUCCACCGGAGGCCAAAGUGUAAAUAUGCGUACUCCAGACAAACAAAAAGUUGUUUCUCGAAAGGCUGCAACAAAGCAAAUCAAUCAGAUGCAAAAUAGGUCAAUAGAAAAAAACAUCCAUAGUGAGAGAAGUGCUGAGUCCUGCUUAACGGGGAGAAAAGUGCAAAAAGAGGAGCAGCCAACUGGAUUCCUUAACAGUGAGACAGCGCAGGAAAGCACAAGGAGAAGACAAAAGUAUUGUGAGUCUCAAGAAAUUCUGAAUGAAAUAAAAAGUUCACAACAGUCCAGCUGUAUAUAUUUCCCAAAUUCAUUUUAUGAACCGUAUCAAGAUUCUACCAGUCCAGAUAUAUUCAAUAAUUCAAGAUCUUCAUCUUGGGAUACAUCUACUUCUACAGCUGAUAUGGAGGUCACAGACUUUGAAGAGACAAAGGCAGACGUGUAUUAUUAUGGCUUCAUCAUUCUUUUUCUUUUGACUUUAGUAUGUCUUGCUUUAUAUUUUCUGUGAAGAUAUCAAAUAAAAUCCUUUUGAUAAUUUUUCAAGUUGCCAGUUCUUCACAGAAAUGUUACGUUCUUAUUUCAGGAUUUCCUUCCAGACAUUUUCAAGGUAAUUGG